AUGUUUCCUGCCGCCCCGCAGGUGAAGCGGGCGAAGCGGUUCCUGGACAUCCUGUUCGACAACACCCCCGAGCAGGUGGUUGUGAUCAUCACGCACAGCGGCUUUGCGCGCUCGCUGCUGCUCGCCGUCCAGAGGGAGCCCUACCGCCCCAACAACGCCGAGCUGGUGCCCGUCAUCGUAGACAAGGUUGGGCGCCGCGGUGACGCGCUGGGUGACACCCUCGAUGCCGACAGCGACGAGUGGGACGGUGACGGGGCAGAGGUGGUGGCGGCCCACGCGGCGGGUGCGGGCGCAAACGGAGUUGACAGGUACCAAGUUUGCCUGUUUUGCUACCAGCGGAUCAACAAUGAGUACACAGCCUGCUGCCCUGGCUGCCGGCAGCCGUACGGGGCUGACAGCGACGCUGUCAAGGCGCAUGUGAAAAAGCGUCAGGAGCAGGAGCUGCGUGAGCAGCAGUCAGCAGCAGCAGCGGCCGCGGCUGCUGCGCAACGGCAAGCACAGCAGCAACAGCAGCAGCAGCAGCAGCAGCAGCAACCCGCCACCCGUGCAGCCGCGCAGGCCGUUGCGGAGCACAGGGCGCACGCGCAUGGGCAUCACGCGCACGGGCACCAUGCGCACGGGCAGCACCACGCGCAUGCGGCCCGCGGCGCACCCGGCACGGGCUUGACACGGCUCCAGGCACAGCAUGCUCCAGUGGCAGUGCCCGUGCGCCGGGCUGCAGACGGCACGAUUACGACCUUGGCCAGCAGCCUGGCCCGGCCGGGGGAACCCCCUGCUGGAAGCUGGGGCACACCUGGCACGGCGUCACGGCAGCAGUCAGUCAGCCCCCUGCAGCAGCAGCCUCCUGCCGCGCCCCCUCCCAGCGAGGUGGCCUGGCCCUCACUGGCUGCCACUUUCAGCGGCGGUGCCGCCCGCGCCCCACAGCCCCGGCAGGCGGCGUCCGCUGCCAAGCAACCGCAGGUGGUGGCGCCGCCCGCAGCCGGCAGCGAGGCCGGUCCGUCAAGCUCGCAGCAGCAGCGGGGGUGGUCAGUGGCGAGCACCUCGCAGUCGCAGGACGAGCAGGAGUGGCCGUCCCUGGGCUAUGAGGAGGAGCAGCAGCAGCUUCAGGCGCAGCGUGAGCAGGAGCAGCGGGAGCGAGAGCAGCAGCAGCGGGAGCAGCGGGAGCAGCGGGAGCAGCGGGAGCAGCGGGAGCAGCGGGAGCAGCGGGAGCAGCGGGAGCGGGACCAGGAGCAGGAGCUGGAGCGGUUGCAGGAGCGCGAGCAGGAGCGGCGGGAGCAGCAGGAGCGGGACCAGCAGCAGGAGCGCGAGCGGGAACGCGAGCGGCGCGACCGCGAGGCUGCAGAGGCGAAGGUUGCCGCGGGGUCCCACCCCUCGUUCAGCAGCGUCGAGGUGACAACCGUUGUCGCCGGCGCCCGCAAGACGGUGCGCGUGCCCGUCUCCGCGCCGCGCCCGGUGCUGCCCAACCCGGACGCGGUGGUGUUGCUGGACAUCAUGCGGCACGCGGUGCAGACGGGCAGCAUCACGCCGGCCGACGCAGCGCUUCAGCUCGUGACAGCCCUGCGCAGGCUGGACGCGCCGGACGAGCCGCCUCAUAGCGCUCAGGGCAACGGGCUGCCGCCUGGCGCGUCCACGUCGCAGCACAAUCAGCAGCAGCAGCUGCCAGCACGCCAAGCGCAGCAGCACCCAGCCAGCCGCCCGUCCACCUCAGGGGGGGCGGGGAGCCGGCCAGCGACAGCGGGCAGCGGGACCGCCGCAGGUUCGGGGCGGCCGCCGCCUCCUGGCUUUGGCGGCCCCAUGCUCAAGCCGCUCAUCGCGCUGGGCGGGGUUGCCGGCAGCAGCGGCGCGCUGCAGCCGCUGGUCACUCUGGCACGCGGCAGCGGCGGGGGCGCGUCUGGUGCCGGCAGCUCUGCUGCGACGCCCCAGCACCCGGCGGCGGGAAGCAUGCGCAGCGUGGACAGCAGCGGCAGCCUGAUGAGCCAGGGGUCGUCGAUGCAGCAGCCGGUUUGGACUGACAGCGGCCUGCCCGGUCUAGAUUUCGGCGCUGGCAGCGGCCGUGCAUCUCCGGCGCUGGGUGCAGGCGGCGGGCUGCAGGCAACGGUGCCGCCGAGCCUGCAGCUGCUUUGGGGCGGCGGCAGCCUGCCGACCGGGGCGGCGGCAAAGCCACCGCCACCUGGAUUUGGCGGUACAUCAGUUGGCAGCGGUCUGGCUCCGCGGUUGCCCCCUGGCUUUGGGGGGCCUGCGACCGCGGCCGGCACGAGCGAUCAGCAGUCGCGCCUGCAUGGAAGGCAGUGGUGA